GACCCACAAAAGUAACGUUCCUUCCUUCCCCCGCUAGAUCAGUUGUUACAGAAUAUAAAUCCCAGCGACUCCACUCCGCCCCUCCAAUUUUCCCCUCGUUUCUUACUCCGCAGGGAAAAAUCCUCCGCUUCCCUCCAAAACGUAAAUCAAAUUCAAAGAUCAAAUAAGCUUCGCCGGGAUCGAAUUCACCCAUGAAUGCUCGAAGGGACUUCCGUGGCAACAAAGUUGCUCUUUUUGAUGGCAUUGAGGAGGGCGGCAUCAGGUCCUCAGCUUCCUACUCACAUGAAAUUGAUGAACAUGAUAACGAAAGGGCAGUGGACGGAUUGCAAGAUAGAGUCAAUUUGCUGAAGAGAUUGUCAGGUGAUAUACAUGAGGAGGUGGAGACUCAUAAUCACAUGUUAGACAGAAUGGGAAAUGAUAUGGAUUCAUCGAGGGGAGUGCUAUCUGGUACAAUGGACAAGUUUAAGAUGGUUUUUGAGACCAAGUCAAGCCAGAGAAUGUUUACACUAGUCGCAUCGUUUGUGGUCAUUUUUCUAGUCAUAUACUAUCUCACUAGGUAAUUAAUCCAUGAUGGAUUUGGUACAGCCGCUAGUUCUAAGCUGAAUAUGGGAGAUGCUUGCUCUUAGCCGUGAUCCGAUGUUUAAAUUCUGCUUGUAAAGAUAUUCUCGUAUGUUUGUAUAAAGAUUAUCGAUCUUCUAAUUA